AUGGCGUGGGCUCCUUUCAUGGUCCUUAUUUCAUGGAUCAAUGCAUUUGAUGACACAGAACGCGACAAAACUUUAGACCUUAAAAUUGGAUUCGACUUUGCUCCCAAUUCAAAUGGAAAUCCUUCUCUACGAAUAAGGCGUUAUGCUGCAGGUGACAUCCACAAAAAGGAUGUGGUGUCUAAGCCAUCGAUAAGGGCAGAUUCAAUUAGUGACAGCGAUGAAAAAGAUAAAUCACGUUCUAAUUCUCAUUCAAAUAAAAAAGUGGAACCCAUAAUUCCGCCAAGUAACGAAGAGGAAUCAAGUAAUGAGUCUAAUAGAAAAGAGGUUAGAAGUACAAAAGGUCUACGUGCUAAUGAAUACGAGCCAGAAGCAAAUCCAAAGAUUCAUGGUAGGUCAAUGGAGAUGGAUUCCGAAUCUGACGAA